AUGAAUUAGAAUUGCAAUAUUCCAGACCAUGAGACGGAUGUUGAAUUCCUUUGUACGAAUGAAUAUUGCAAAGAUUUUAGAAUAUUUUGUUUUAAGUGUUUGUAAAAUGAGAAACAUAAUACACAUAUUAAAGAUGUUUAGAAAAUAAAGGAUUAUGGAAGAGAAUAAAUAAAUAGAAGUGAUGAAGAUUUAGUUUAAGACCUUGAGAAAAUGAUUGAUCAAAUUUUUCAUUUAUUUUUUACAUUUAAAGAAGAGUUGAAAUUUGGUUAUUAGAUAAGUGAGGAAGAGUUGAAUGGUUUGAAUUUAAUAUAAUUAAAUGAUUUACUUUGUUCUAAGAUUAAAUUUAGAAAAGAAAAAUAAUCUUUAAUAUAAGCAAUUUAAAAGAAUGCAGAGAAUAUGAUAGAAACUAUGUAUACAGGACUUAAUGAAUUCACAUAAUAAUAGUAUGAUCGUCCUGGAAAAAAAGUAAAAUAGGAAAUAAAAACUUUAAAAUUUGAUCUGAUAGAUUAGAUUUAAGAUUAAUAAAUAAACUCAUUUAUUUUUAAUUAGGAUGGUUCUUUAAUGGUAGGAGGGUAUGAAUCAAGUAAAAUACAAGUUUUUAAUUUUAAAAAGGGUUAAUUAAAGAUGAUUUAAUAGCUGAACUUUCAUAAGAAAAGUAUUUAUUGUCAAUAUUUUAUGAAAAAAACAAAUGAAUUUUUAUCAGGUAGUUGUGAUAAAAGUAUUUCAAUUAGUUAUUUAAAUAAUGAUUAGAAAUGGGAUUUAAAAUAAAGAUUAGAAGGACAUUAAGGAGGAAUUAAUUGUUUAGUAAUGAAUAAAAAUGAAGAUCUUUUAAUAUCUAGUAGUGAUGAUAUGUUAAUAAAAUUUUGGACAAAAGAGAAUGAAUUAUGGGAAUGUUCAUAAACAAUAGGAGGACAUUCUAGUUUUGUUAGUUGUAUUAGUUUAAAUGAAUCAGGAAAUUCCUUAAUUUCUUGUUCAAAGGACAGUUAAAUAUUGAUACAUUAAUAUGAUUAAGUAUAAAAGAUGUGGAUUCUAGGAUAAACAAUACGUAUUAAAUAAUGGGGAAGGCGAUUAUGUUUCAUUAAUGAUAUUAUCUUUGCUUUUUAACCUGAAAAGAAAGAAUAAAUGCAUAUUUAUCAUUUGGAUAAUGUUGAAUAAUUAUUUGUUAAAACUUAAGAAGUCUUAGUCGGAGUAGGAAGUGAAAGAAAAAAGAAUAGAAGUUGCUUUUGGUUCUUUCCUUAAUAGUAUGUCUAAUCUAAAUAGAUAAUUUUAAACAAAAAUGGAUGCUGCGUCAAUCUAAUCAAAAAAGAUUCUAAUAAUGAUUUUGUUACAAUCUAAUCUAUAGAUUUCUAGACUAAAGCUAUUUUUGGUAGGAUGACAGAUGAUGGAGAAUACUUGAUCACAUGGGAUGAUAGAUCAGGUUCUAUUUAGAUCAGACAAUUUAUAGAAUGA